GAUUCCCAGUAUCCCCAGUUGAUUCCCAGUUCCCCCAGGGCCUGGUGCUGGUGCUGACGGGCGGCGCGGGGUUCCUGGGCUCCCACCUGGUGCAGGUGCUGCUGGAGGCGGCGCCGGAGCUUCGGGAGCUGCGGAUCCUCGACCUCGAGCCCGACCCCGCCACGGUCCCGGAGCGCCACCGUGAGCCCCAAAACGCCCAAAAUAUUCCCAAAAAUCAACCCCAAAACGCCCCCGAUUCGCCCCAAAAAUCCGGGGUGCCGGUGCUGAUCUACACCAGCAGCAUGGAGGUGGUGGGGCCCAACACCCGCGGGGACCCCUUCGUCAGGGGGGACGAGGAGACGCCGUACCCCACGCGGCACUCGGAGCCGUACCCGCUCAGCAAGGCCCAGGCCGAGCGCCUCGUCCUCGAGGCCAACGGGAAACCCGUGGCGGGCGGGGCCCGGCUGGUGACGCUGGCGCUGCGCCCCACGGGGAUUUUUGGGGAGCGUCACCCCCUGCUGGAGCUCUUCUACCGGCGGGGGAGGGGCCUGGGGGGGAGGGUCCCCCGGAGCCUCCCCCAGAACGCCGAGCACGCCCGCGUGUACGCAGGCAACGUGGCCUGGAUGCACGUGCUGGCCGCCCGCGCCGCCCGCGCCCGCCCGGCCUCGGUGGGCGGCGAGUUCUUCUUCUGCUACGACGCGUCGCCGUGGGCGCCCUACGAGGAGUUCAACCUGCUGCUGCUGGGCCCCGCCGGGCUGGCGGGGGGACCCCGCCUGCCGCCCCGACUUUUGGGGCUCCUGGCCGGCCUCAACGGGGCCCUGCGGGCGAUCCUGGGCCGUUUCGGGGUGCGCUUCGCGCCGCUGCUGAACCCCUACACGUGGGCCGUGGCCUCCACCCCCUUCAGCGUCCGCACGGCCAAGGCCGAGCGGGACUUGGGCUACCGGCCGCUCUUCUCCUGGGAGGAGGCGCGCGACAGGACGGCGCGGUGGCUGAGGCGGCUGGACGGGGCCUGACGCGGGGGAAACGGGGGAAAUGGGGGAAA